UUCCAACGACUUCAAUGUCUGAUGCUUCGAUAGUGAAUUUAAGCAACUCUAAUACUUCAAUCUCCGAUGCCUGGACAGUAAAUUUGAGCAACUCCAAUGCUUUAAGUGAGAAUGCAUUCAAUGCUCACAUUCAAGAAAACUGUAAGGGCAAGCUUCUUAGUAUCGAACCCCACGAGCUUCAAUUUCCAUUUGAAUUGAUGGAGAAGAUCACAAUUUCCCUGCAGCUAAAGAAUAAAACUGACUGUCCUGUAGCAUUUAAGGUGAGAACUACGAAACCAAAUAAGUAUGCUGCCAAUCCACCUGCUGGAGUUUUGGCGCCCAAGUCUACUAAAGAUGUUUCAUUUACAAUGCAAGCUCAAGAGGAGGCACCUCAAAACAUGAAAUGCGAUGAUAAGUGUUUGCUUCAAAGUGCAGUAGUUAGUACCGGAUUCCUGCCAAAAGAUAUCACUACAGAGCUGGUAAUCAAGUGGAGGAAUGCAAAUUAACCAUUAAAUAUGUUUCUCCACAUCAACCACCGUCAUCAGUAAGAGAAGCUCGAAAGAAGGUCUUCUCUAGAUGUGCCAAUAUCCGA